CCUCGCGGUGCCGCCCACGGUACCGGUCCGCCCGUGCUCCCGGUGCCGUGGGUGUUCACGGCGCGUUCGUCGUGUAACGUCGUAACGCGGCGGCUAACGUGAGACGUUAGCAUUGUAGCUAACCAACAGUUCCAAGUGCGUAACGCCACCCGGUCCACUUCCUAGCUAACUAGCUAACGCUGUUAGCGUCUCGACGAGCGGUUCCGCCCGCUCACGGUUCGUUUUCACCGCGGUACGAUGUGAACACACACUGGUUACGACUGUGUAUUAAAACUGUGUUUAAUGAACCUGCGAGCGGCCCUCGCCCUACGACGGAUGCCCCCUAAAGCCAAGGCGGCGGGGAAGGGCAGAGCCCCCGCGAAGAGGAAGCUGCCGGAGGAGUUCCCCCCGGGAGAAGUCCUGACUGACACCGGGAAGAAGGCCUGGAAGCUGGGCGCUCCCAUCGGCCAGGGGGGGUUCGGCCUCAUAUACCUGGCCGAUGAAAAUUCUGCAAAAUCUGUGGGUGCUGAUGCUCCUUAUGUCAUCAAAGUGGAGCCCAGUGAAAAUGGACCACUGUUCUCUGAGCUCAAGUUCUACAUGCGAGCUGCUAAGCCUGAUCUGAUCCAAACCUGGAUGAAGUCUCACAAGCUGAGAACUCUGGGAGUUCCCAGGUACUGGGGCUCCGGUCUGCACGAGAGAGGAGGGAAAAGGUAUCGAUUCAUGGUCAUCGACCGGCUCGGCACGGACCUGCAGAAGAAGUUUGAGGAGUGUGGAAAGACUUUCCCCAGAAAACUGGUUCUGCAGCUCGGCCUUCGCCUGCUGGAUAUUCUGGAGUUCGUCCACGACCACGAGUAUGUGCACGCUGACAUCAAAGCGUCUAACCUCAUGUUGAGCCACAGUGAUCCCAACCAGGUUUACUUGGUGGAUUAUGGGUUGGCAUACCGGUACUCUCCUGACGGGGUCGUCAAAGAGUACAAGGAAGACCCCAAGAGAUGUCACGAUGGAACCAUCGAGUACACGAGCAUCGACGCCCAUAAAGGAGCAUCUGCAUGUAGGCGCAGCGACCUGGAGAUCCUGUGCUACUGCAUGGUUCAGUGGUUAUGUGGUCGGCUGCCCUGGGAGGACAAGCUGCAGGACCCACUUUACGUCCGAGACUCCAAACUCAGGUGUCAAGAAAACAUCUCCCAGUUUAUGACCAACUGUUUCUCUUCUCAAGACAAACCAGAUGAAAUCCAGAAGUUCAUGGAAGAGGUCAAAUCUCUGGGAUACCAAGACAAACCGCCCUACGAGAAGCUGCGCUCCAUCCUGCAGACGGGACUGAAGAGCAUCCACACAAAAGACGAUGGCACGCUGGACUUCACUCCUGCCAACGGGGGCGUGUCACCUCCCGUCCAGAACAAGAGGACGACCAAGAGAAAAAAGGCAGACGAGGAGAGCGACACUGAUGGAGGUUCCCCAAAGAAAAAGCGAGUUACAAAGAAAAAAGAGGUGAACGGAGUGAAAAGUCCCCAAAAGUCUCCUAAACCAAGGAAGGUGGCCAGCACUGGGAAACAGGAUGAGCCCAAAUCCAGACUAGUGGAAAUGGGAACCCAGACGUCUCCUGGACUGGCCCAGAAACCCAGAGGCCGACCAAGGAAGAACAGGUCCUGAACACUGAACACCAGCUCGCACACACACACACAGACACACACACACACACACACACACACACACACACACACACUCACUCCUCCCUCCAGCCUCUCUAAUACCUUUGUUUUUUUAUAUGUUUCACACUGGCAGUGGUUGAUGUUUGAUCCUAUGUAGUGUGGUUGAAAUGAGAACCAUUGUAAUAAAGAAAAAAAUUAAAUAAUC